GAAAUCCAGUAGAGGCGACUUCGUCUUUUCUGCUGAUCGGCUGAUCAGGCUGGUGGUUGAAGAGGGACUGAACCAACUGCCAUACACAGAAUGCACCGUGACCACUCCAACAGGACACAAGUAUGAAGGAGUCAGAUUUGAGAAGGGAAACUGUGGAGUCAGCAUCAUGAGAAGUGGAGAGGCAAUGGAACAAGGGCUGCGGGACUGCUGCCGCUCCAUCCGCAUCGGGAAGAUCCUGAUCCAGAGCGACGAGGAGACCCAGAGAGCCAAAGUCUACUAUGCCAAGUUCCCCCCAGACAUCUACAGGAGAAAAGUCCUUCUGAUGUACCCAAUACUGAGUACUGGCAAUACUGUCAUCGAGGCUGUCAAGGUUCUGGUAGAACAUGGAGUGCAGCCCAGUGUCAUCAUCCUGCUGAGCCUCUUCUCCACCCCUCACGGUGCCAAAUCCAUCAUCCAGGAGUUCCCCGAGAUCACCAUCCUCACGACAGAAGUUCAUCCUGUGGCACCAACACACUUUGGACAGAAGUACUUUGGAACAGACUGA